UUAAAAAAAACAUAGAGAGAGAGAGAGAGUCACACUGGCUCGAGGAAAACGAAAAGAGCGUGAAUAAAGGUGUGGUGCUCUCCACAGACGUACGAUUAGUAAUGGCAGCGAGCAGUGAUGCCUCAGAGACGGUCUCAGAGGAGUCAGAGAAAAAGGAGGCAGACGAUGAGAGGCCAAAGACAUCGCUAGAAAAGCGGGUUCAUGAAUCGAGGAAAUGAUGUGGUUUUCUCCUGCAGAGUGACACCUACGCUUCUUUAGUUUGCCCCUAAUAUACAGUCUUGCUUCUUUUAUUAUUGGCGUUGUUGUAGUUGUUGUUACCUAUCGAGUUGAGUUUUGAGUGUUUUGGAUGGUGAUGAUCUUCAAUCCGUUGAGGUGGGGAAGAGGUUCGUGUUGAGAAUUUAUCUGAGAAAUGGCGUCUUCGAGUUUUCCUGUAACCGAUUCUGAGGAGGAUGCACUAUACAAGGAGUUGUGGCAUGCAUGUGCGGGACCUCUGGUCACGGUGCCUCGCCAAGGCGAGCUGGUUUUCUAUUUUCCUCAGGGUCACAUCGAGCAGGUUGAGGCGUCGAUGAAUCAAGUGGUUGAGCAGCAGAUGCCAGCGUAUGAUCUUCCGGCUAAAAUCCUCUGUCGCGUUCUCAACGUUCAACUAAAGGCUGAACAAGACACCGAUGAAGUGUAUGCCCAAGUGACUCUGGUUCCUGAACUCAGAGUAUGUGAUUCCGAAAGUCAAGGAGAGAAUUCGGCAGAGGAGAAGGGGACUCUGGCUUCCUCCCCUCCUCCGCCUCGUGUGUAUUCCUUUUGUAAGACCCUCACGGCCUCCGAUACGAGCACUCAUGGUGGGUUCUCAGUGUUGAAGCGCCAUGCUGAUGAAUGCCUGCCUUCACUGGACAUGUCCAAGAAACCUCCAACUCAGGAGUUGGUUACCAAAGAUUUGCAUGGAAAUGAAUGGCGUUUUCGUCAUAUUUUUCGAGGUCAACCAAGGAGGCAUCUUCUUCAGAGUGGUUGGAGUCUUUUCGUCAGCUCCAAAAAGCUUGUUGCCGGGGAUGCUUUUAUUUUUCUCAGAGGUGAAACCGGGGAACUUCGCGUUGGGGUUAGAAGAGCUAUAAGGCAUGCAAGUAAUAUUCCAUCCUCUGUCAUAUCUAGUCAGAGUAUGCAUAUCGGUGUCCUGGCAACAGCAUGGCAUGCCGUUAAAACGGGUACAAUGUUCACUGUCUACUACAAGCCAAGGACCAGCCCUUCUGAGUUUAUUGUUCCCUUCGAUAAAUAUAUGGACUCCGUCAAGAACAACUGCACCAUAGGGUUGAGGUUCAAGAUGAAGUUUGAAGGUGAAGAAGCUCCAGAACAAAGGUUUUCAGGCACUGUGAUUGGAGCUGAGGAUGCUGAUCCUGCAAGGUGGUCUGGAUCAAAGUGGAGAUGCCUGAAGGUUCGAUGGGAUGAAACUUCUCCGCUUCAUCAUCCAGAGAGAGUUUCCCCUUGGAAUAUAGAAGUUGCUCCGUCUCCUACUUUGGAUGCCCAGACAGUGUGCCGUCCAAAGAGGCAUCGUGGGAGCAUGGCACCAUCAUCUAUUGAUCCGUUUUUCCCUACAAGGGAAGGUUUGCCUAAAACUACCAUAGACCUUUCACCAGAAAAAGGUUUUCUAAAGACUCUGCAAGGUCAAGCAAAAUCAACCAUGGGAGGUAUAUUUUCUGAGAAUAAUGAUUCAGACACUGCUCAAAACCCCACUUUAUGGACUCAGACACAGAAGAAGAACCAAACUGAUUCUAGUUUUGCUCCAAGAGUGGGACGAGAUGACUGUGUUCCUAAGUCGAUGAAUGAACUGAGCUAUAGGAAUUCAAUGUCAGGUUCUCGGACCCCCAACGGAUUCAGUUGGCCCUUUAUUGAUCAAAAUGCUGACAAUGCUGAUUGGAUGAAGAAGCAUGUUUUAGAUCAGGAUCAAAGAUCUAACUUCCUCGCAGGUUCCCAGUCCAUGAUGCAUCCCUCAUUUAAUAUGAUGGAAUGCAGCAUGAAACUUCCUGCAGCUAAGCAGCAUCCUGGAAACAAUUUGUCACCUCUGUUGCCCCCGACAAGUAUCCCAGAUUCUCCUUAUCCAACAUUGAUGAAACCACAGACACCGUUUUUGCAAAAAGAAGUGAAAUCUAAGGGAGUUGGCAGUUGCAAGCUGUUUGGUAUAUCCCUCACUGAUAGUUAUUUGGCCACAGAACCAGCACCACCACGGGCAAAUUUUACUAGUCAAGAUGGGAAAAUUGCUUCCUCAUCAGAUCAGUUGCAAGGUUUGGUGUCUAACCUACUGCCUCAGAAAGUGGAGUGUCCAAAGUCUGCAGGGAUGUUUAGAGAUGAUGAACAGAGGAAUCCCCUUCAAGCCUCAAAGACGCUUUCUAGGACCAUUCAGGCAAGGCCGGAUGGCAGUUCAACCAGAAAUUGCAUUAAGAUCUACAAGCAGGGGGUUGCUUUUGGGCAGUCUGUGGACCUUACCAAAUUUGAUGGCUACAGCGAACUGAUAGCAGAGUUGGAUCGUAUGUUUGAGUUUAAUGGUGAAUUAAUUGCUUCCAAGAAGUGGCUGGUGGUUUUUACUGAUAACGAGGGUGAUAUGAUGCUUGUUGGAGAUGAUCCCUGGCAAGAAUUCUGUAGCAUGGUCCGUGAGAUCUUUAUCUAUACUCGAGAGGAGGUACAGAAGAUGCGUCCACAGCCCUUGAAUCCAAAAGUCAAUGAAAUCUCACCAGUUUCUGGUCAAAACAUGGGUCCAAAUAAGGUGAAUGAUUGACACAUCUUCAGGUCUACAAUCAGGGGGCUGCUGUGGUGCAGCCACAAAAUGCCUGGCCCCUAACCUUGCGUUUGGUGGCUGAUACUUGGCAGUAGAACUUGUUUACUGCAUGGAAUUUUGUUAUAACGGCAAAUAACUGUAGUAUAUAGUGUUUUGUGAUUGGUACUUUGUUUGUUGGUGGAUUGGGUGAGGAAAAAGUGCAGUAUUUGUCAAGAAGCUUUCGACACUCCCAAUCCGCUAUGUACAAAGAAUUACUCAUAUACCUCUCUUUUUAUGUUCAAGUAAUAGCAUAUAUGCCAGAGCUAGAAAGUAGGUAAGAAUUAAGAUCCUUGUAAUGCUCUUUUCUGAUGCGUCUACGUUAUCAUUCAGUUGUCUUUUGAUUCAA